AUGCCAUAUUCUGCUAAAUUCCGCCCAGAGACUGCGGACGCAGCUGGGCUUGGAAAUCGGCUUGAGAGAGACGUACUAACUGACAACCAUUUCAGUGAUAAUCAAUCACGCUACGAGUUUCAAAUCCAGUCUGAAGACAUAUCUGACGACCUGCAAGGUUCUGCAGUUGAGAUGCAUAACAAACUUGACGGAAAACUCGGUAACAUGGAGUUAUACCGGGGAAAUGCUCACCUAGAACCUGUGGAUAAGCAAGACAAUGACCAGGAACCUACAGCUGGCUUUGCUGAGGAGGUUGAGUCUAAUUCUCAGUCAGUACCCGACGAGCCUAGAGGGAUACCAAAAUCUGAGCAGACUUUCAGCCAUGAUGGUCUUAAUGUCGAAACAGAUCAGAUCAGUAAAACAGUCAUUGAUCCUCUCUUGACCAUGAGAUGUACAGCCGGAAACAGGCGCGGUGGCAGAGAAUCUCAUGAUCCGCCGUUGGCAUUACCCUACCCCAUAAGUGAUCCAGAAACUGAUAAUCAGAGCGUCACGAGUUGGGGUACGCACUCCUCAAACGCUUUGAACAAGUUGACAAAGGCUGUUCGAAGAAAUAAUCAGGAUUCUCCUUCCAAAUAUACAGCAACAACACUAGUGAACAGCAGUCCCCGUCACACUCCUGCCAAAGGAAGAGCGACAACGGAAGAGAGCGUCGGUAACAGCGCUGGUGAGCAACCCUACUGGAUGCUUGUCACUCAAUCGGAUGUCGAUUUUGCCUCCGAAAGCCUCGAGCAAAUAGAGGGCUUCGAUAUGGCCGAAAAUACCCCGGAAACUUACAAAGACGUAUUGACAUCGUGGCGAAAAGGGCAAGACAAUACCACUUACUCAGACGGCUCGGAAUGGAGGGAUCUCAUGGAAGCAAGCUACAAAGGCCGAUACAAAAGUUCUAUUCUAUACGCCAUGACCGCGAUAGCAUUUUGCCGAUGGCACGAACACCAAGCGCAGCUUGAAUCGCAACGCUCUGGGGACUCGCUGAAAUCAGCCAAGAUAACGGUGACGGCAAGAAUCCUCUCGGCAUCCGCACCUGAUCAACUCGCGUCAUCGCGAGACCGGCAACGCCGAUCACUCAAUAUACACCUUACUCGUGGCAGGAAGUGGUCUCAGCUGAUAGAGGAGCUCAGCCUUGGCAUCUUAUUUAAGUACACUUGGGCUCUUGGAAAGGCCGACAAAUCCUCUCUUCAAGAACUAAUCUUUUCUCUAAAGAAUUCUCCUGCGAAGUUGUCAGUUUUGAAGUUUCUAGAGACACAGCUAGAGAUGUUCUUAUCGCGAGGUCGAACAGAUCCAGAUGCUCUGAAGCAGGCCCUCAAAGACGAGAACCUCUUGCAUUGUUCACCACAGUCUUUCGACAUAUCGGUAGAAGUGAAUCGUCUCCAAACGGCAAUGAGAAAGUCAAGUCCUGUGGGCAGACUGCAUAUACUGGGCUCAACAUGGGGCUUCUAUAUCGACGAGCUCGCUAGGCUGAACCCAUCGCAAUGGUUUGGCGAGGAUUUGGUCCAGCUUUGCAUACAUCUAGCCGACAGAUUACCUCACGUGCGCGUUGGAUUUCCUGUCGCAAUACAUGAUAGACACACGGGGAAGCCACUGGUCGACCCCCUCAAAUGGGUCAAGAAACGUAUCGAGAAAUGGAAUGCUGAACAAGCAGAGGGUCACCUUACAUGCUUCUUUCCGCUCUUCUUGCAGAACGAUCAUUUUACCCUGCUCGAAAUAAAUCAAACCGAUGACUCCGUGAGCCACUAUGACACUGCUAAAUACAACAGUCGCCCUGUCAAAGCGGCUUGUAAGGCCCAGUUCCCCCAUCUACGCUAUAUGGACCAGCAAACUCUCAAUCAAGAUGACAAUUCCAGCUGUGGCCCGCUAGUCGUCGCAAUUGCUCGCAGACGCAUGAUGAGCCGGUCUAUCGAAAGCUUGAUUCGCCACGACGCUAAACAGUUACGAUUCGAUGCCCUCAGUUUGAUUCGAAGGGCCUGGGAUAGCAAGAUACUCAUCCCGGAACCCGGUGAUGACUACAAAGCGGAAGACGAUGUUACAAUGAGCACAGAGCUUUUGUGUAUUCCAAGUCCUGAGCGUAUGAAGGAUAUGGACUCAGGCGAGAAACACAUCGAAUUCGUGGACCAGAAAAGUCAGAAGAGGAAACGAGUAACACGCAGUAUGACAUGCGAGAUGCCAGUCACACGGAGCAAAGCGAGGAAGAUUAGCUGA